AGAGCGCACGUACAUGUUUCCAGGGAUCUCUUUAAUUCAUGUGCGUGCGUUGAUGGUUGUGCGUAGAUGUUCGAUGGUGUGUUGCGCUGGCAAACAUCUCCGUCGUAUAGUUUUCCAGUGACGUACAGGUUUUCACAGAACACGUUUAAUCCUGUAGCCGUAAACGUAACCGUUUAAAAUGAGUGACCUACGAAAUUUGUCGCGUGAAUUUAUAGUAGAAUUCAUAGAAUUAUACAGAUUACACCCUUGUCUAUGGAAAACAAAAGAUUAUGUUAAUAAAAGUUUAAAAAAUGAGGCUUAUAAAAGUUUGCUGGAAAGAUUACAAACCAUACAACCAAAUGCAACAAAAAAUACAGUAGUACAAAAAAUUAAUAGUCUUCGUGGUGGUUUUCGCAGAGAAUUUAAGAAAAUGAAAGAGGCAAGACGAUCAGGUAGUGGAGCUGACGAUCUUUACAAACCUUCGUUAUGGUAUUAUAACCUUAUGGAAUUCAUUAAAGAUCAGGAAAUGCCAAGGAGUUCUGUUUGUAAUGUUUCCGAUGAUGGCACUAAUUCUCGACAUAAUGAUGACAACAAUAACGCCAACAAUCAGAAUAAAGAACAAAAUUUACAAACUGACAGGGAGGACGAAGCACACAGUACAGACGAUGUGGUUUUAGGUUUACACCAUCUGUCAUGA